UGCCACAUGCUUAACGUUACGUACCUUUACCAUGGCGAACAGAUGUUUCAUAAUAACCUAACAACAUUCUAAAUUUAAUCUAUUUGAAAGUGCCACACACACAUUUUUUGUAACUUCUACGAUUCAAUAGAUUCCUCUGACAAAUUCGGCAUGCAUAUGAUCCAUUAACAAUCCAUAUUUUCAUGAAAAAGUCAACCUUUAUCAUUUGCUUUACUGUUGGCGUUAGCUAGCUAACGUAAUGCCGCCGUCUCUAUUCUUCCACCUAAGGUUGGCGGUAGUUCAGCAAUUACAAGCAUUUAGAUUUAACUGAAUUAAGUACUGAGAGGCGAAUCACAUUAAUACCGAAUUUACAAUUAGGUGGUCACGUUUCAUGACACAUUUACAACAACGUUUUAGGAAGGGGUUUUUCGUUGUCACUGUAGCUUGCCAUCUAGAUAUUGCUAGAUUUGUAAUGGACUUUGGUAUGUCUCAUGCCCACAUCAAAUCUGACCUGAUUUCGAGUGUCUGUGAAGAGCGUGUGUACUCCUAAUCCUCCUGGAUUAACUAGUAGGCUACAUAAACCUUACUGCAGGCGUUAAACGGAGUUAAACAGCGAUAUUUAAGACGUGGUAAAAUCAGUAAUUGCUAGCUUUACAACUUUAACAAUGUUAAAGUGUAUUUUCAGACCAGCAGUGAUUAUCCAGUUAGCUAUUAUUUUGACGCUAAUUAUGAGCGUUCAGAUCGUCUCUUCCUGUGAUAUCUUCACGUUUCUGAGAAUGGGGAAUUUUACAUCCUCCACAGCUCUGUCCAGCACAUCCUGUGUACAGUAUGUUCGGGAGAUGGUGUCCCAUAACUGUGUUGUGAUAUUUUCCAAGACCACCUGUCCUUAUUGCAAAAUGGCCAAGAAUGUGUUCAAUGAAAUUGGUGCAACCUACAAAGUGAUUGAACUGGACGAGCACAAUGACGGGAGGAGACUUCAAGAGGCCUUAGCUCAGAUGACCGGCGCAAGAACGGUGCCGAGAGUCUUCAUUAAUGGAAACUGCAUCGGAGGUGGCUCUGAUACCAAACAACUCCAUCAACAGGGAAGGUUGCUGCCCCUGAUCCAACAGUGUGCUCCCUGCUGUGCGACCAGCUCCGACGGCUCGGGCAGCGGACAGUUUGAGUCCGCUAAAUGACUAACCGUUCUUGUAGUUUUUGUCAAUCCUGUAUUCAUCAAGUGUUUGCUUGAUCUCGUACUACAAGUUAAACAUUGCUUGAGCAUGUAUAUGUUAUUUAUUUAUCAAAGUGCAUUUGAUACUUAAUGUUCUGCUAUAUACAUUUCCAUCCAGGGAUGUAAAGUAUUAUUAUUAUUGUUAUUAUUAUUAUUAUUAUUAUUAUUAUUAUUAUUAUUAUUAAAGCUGCCAUCUUUUAAACAAAACCUGUGAAUUGUGGAACUACUUUUCAUCUGCAUGGUUGUAUUAUUGAACAAUAUUACAGUCAUAAAAAGCACGAUCUCUCUCAGAAUCAAGCAUCCUCAAACUGUGAACAUCAUAGGAUUGUGAUGUAUUGACAGUUUAAUUAUAUAUCUUCUCUUGAGUGUAUCUCAGGUCAUUGUUUAUAUGAUUUAGGAUUAAAAGAACUACAGCUGUUUGUAUGAUUGGCACAUUUUAUUAUGCACAUUUAUUUAAACAUUACACAUUGUUUAGAAAUGUUUAUUUGCAUAGGAUGAUGUGAAAAAUAGAAUCAUUUUGAUUUUUUUUUUUUUUACUUUGUCAUCCAAGCAUUUUCUAUGUCGAUGUAUGUGAUAUCUUAGCAGAAACUGUUUGUCUCUGAAUUUCUUUGAUAUUAGGUAAAUGGUUGGUUUUACCAAAGUGUAUGAAUAGCCGAAUGAAUCAUGAUACUGGUCAGUGCUAUAAUUAUAAGAUUAAUGAGCGUAGGUAUGUUUUCUUAAUGCCUUGAAUAUGUUUUUAUGAUUAUUAAUAAAUAUGAAUGAAACUCCA